UGCGUGAAAAAAGGGAAAGGGAAAGGGGAGAGGAGCGAAAAAUAAAGGCAAAUCGAGUGCGGGUUCUUGCUCUUUUAAGGUCUAGUCGGUUAUUUUUCCUUUCCGUACAAGUUAGGUAAUUCUGGUGCCGUGUUUUGCUUCAGUUUCGCAUCCGCAGCCCGGUGAAUCGUGUCCGCUCGCGUAACGUAGCGUAACUACAAUACCCGUUUACCCGUGCGUGCCUGUAAAAAACGAUAGCAAGGAUGAGUGAUAUGGCGAAGCAUCUCUGCGUGACGGACGACUGCAAGAAGCCCUCGACGCUACAGUGCCCGGUAUGCCUGAAGAUGGGCAUCCAGGGCUCGUACUUUUGCAGCCAGGACUGCUUCAAAGGCUCUUGGAAGGAGCACAAAGUUAUUCACCUUCUUGCCAAGGGAAAGGAAACGAAUGCAUACAAUCCGUGGCCUUACUACACGUUUACCGGCAAACUGCGACCGUUCGAGCAAACGCCAAGGCGCCCGGUGCCGCCGCACAUCCCCCGGCCAGACUAUGCCGAUCACAAGGAGGGACGGUCCAAGUCGGAGGAAGCCCUGCGGGGGAAUAAUACGAUCAAGGUGCUCGAUGACGAGGAGAUCGAGGGAAUGCGCGUGGCGUGCCGGCUCGGGCGCGAGGUGCUGGACGAGGCAGCGCGCGUCUGCGACGUCGGUGUGACGACGGACGAGAUCGAUCGGGCGGUGCACGAGGCAUGCAUCGAGCGGGAGUGCUAUCCCAGCCCGAUGAACUACUACAACUUCCCGAAGUCUUGCUGCACGUCGGUGAACGAAGUGAUUUGCCACGGCAUACCGGAUCUCCGUCCGCUGGAGGACGGUGACCUGUGCAAUGUGGACGUGACGGUGUACCAUCGGGGCUUCCAUGGGGAUUUGAACGAAACGUUCUUCGUCGGUAAUGUGAAGGAGCAGCACAAGAAGCUGGUGCAGGUCACCUAUGAGGCGCUGAUGAAGGCGAUUGCCAUCGUGAAGCCCGGUGAACGUUAUCGUGAAAUCGGUAACGUUAUCCAGAAGCACGUGCAUGCGCACGGAUUCAGCGUGGUUAAGAGCUAUUGCGGACAUGGAAUUCACCGACUGUUCCAUACCGCCCCGAACGUACCUCAUUAUGCCAAAAAUUCUGCCGUUGGUGUUAUGAAGCCGGGACAUUGCUUCACGAUCGAACCCAUGAUAUCCGAGGGCACAUGGCGUGAUGUUUCCUGGCCGGACGACUGGACCGCAGUUACGGCCGAUGGUUUGUUUUCGGCCCAGUUCGAGCAAACCCUGCUCGUCACCGAGUCUGGUUGCGAUAUUCUAACGAAGCGAAGAAAUGAGAACGGAACUCCGCACUUCAUGGACCACAUGUGAAACUGGGAACGGACGGGAGCCGCUCUUUUCACAAUACUUUCGGCCUCACACGUUUUGGGAGCGAAAAAUGUAUACACCCCAUGUUACGGCUAUUGAAAUAAACUCAACGUUUCUCCCUUUA